GAGUCUCACUUGAUUUUGCAUUCUCAAAGGGAGGUAUCAUUCUUUCGUGUGUGCGUUUUUUAACAAAUUUAAUCUUGUUCAUUUGUUCCUGUAAAAUGAAUGCACUGAACUGUAUUAAGGCAAAAGAUGUGCCAAAAACUAUCACGGUACCAAGAACCGACACUGACAACCCGAUUUUAAGUCAUUGGUGCAAUUCCACGUGUGAGGCUGUUAAACUUUAUUUCGAGUGGACGAUUCAACAUUUUAAACGAGUGAAAUAUGAAGAAAUUGUAUCAGAUAGUUUUGCAGCAAAAGAAACCCCCUAUCUACAGUGGAAUCUGCAUUUCUUGUCCCAUCGACAUUUCAAACUCGUGUUGAAGAAUGAGGAAUCUAAUCUUCAAAACGUUGCUCAUCCAGUUACAUUCGAAUAUAAUUUGUUUAUUAUAAACACAAAAGGUGAUCGAGUUAUCUGGAGUAAAGGACUUCAUUCGUUUCCCAACAGUGGUAACUUAUAUAUUGAAACGGGCAUGCACAUGAAAGACUAUGACGGUUAUCUGACUGAUGAAGCUCAUUUUACCAUGCACUGUCAAAUCUUAACUUGGAUUAAUCGAAAAACCACAACAGGAGAAUUUUCACGUGAAUUGCCUGUACUUCCUAAUAAUGACGAACUGAUCAACGAUUUGAGUGGACUAUUCGGAAAUGAAAAGCAUAGCGAUGUUGUUUUCGGUAUUCGUGGCCAACAAUUCAAGGCCCACAAGAACAUCUUAUCUGCUAGAAGUUCAGUCUUUUCGGAAAUGUUUCAACAUGAAGGAUUGGAGGCGUCGCAUCAGGUCAAUAUCCAAGACAUUGAUCCCGAAGUGUUCCAGGAAGUGCUUCGUUUCAUUUACACCGGCCAUGUGCCAUUAACCAAAAUGGAUGCUUUGGGGCUAAGACUUUUGGCUGCUGGCGAAAAAUACCUUCUCAAAAACCUCAAAAACGCUUGCGAAAAACACUUGGUGAAUUCGUUAUCAGCAGAAAACUGUGUGGAAUUUCUCAUGGUAGCCAAAAGCCAUUCUGCAGAUUAUUUGAAGAAGAAUGCCUUGGAUUUUCUUCGUCGUUUCUCUCGUGAAGUGAAGGCGACCAACGCAUGGAAUAAAGCUCACCCCAUUUUCUUGCGUAAUAUCCAUGAGAUAGAUUUGGCUACUCCACCAGCUUGCAAGAAAAGAAAAUAAAUCUAAAAUCUCCCUCGCAAAACGUUAUCCAAAUCCAGAAAAUAUUUUGUAUUGUUUUUCACUUAAAUUGCAUCAUCAAAAUACCUAUCAAAAAGGUUUCUCGCAAUCUGGACGAUUCCAGACAUGUCCUCCAUCUUGUUUUUCGCUGUAAGCCCUCCCCCCUUCUUCCUAUUCCCUUGAUGGCAUCCUAUUGGCUGUUGAAAUUUUCCCUCACCCCCUUUCUUCAACUGUGGGAAAAUUCGUCACGUUGCUUGCAACACGAGGUCAUUCAGUCUUAGUCUUUCUUGAUAGAACGUUCUGUUUCGCGUGGUUAUAGCUUGUGGUGAUUGCAAUAUUAACUGAAAUUGACUAAAAGAUUUGUUUCGAAAUGGCUCAUUAUAAUCUUGUGAAUGUUGGUGAGUCGAUUAGUGACGAGCCUCUCGAUUUGAGCAUGAAAAAAAGUCGACAUGAAUUGGAAUAUGUUCGUGGUCCUCUCGUGGUCCAACCGAACACGUUGCAACCACCAAAAGUCGUGGUGGCUCGAAUAUGGCAGACUAAUGUAGUGAUACGUUCACUGAUAGAAUCCCCGCAACAAGUGCAACAACUGCAACAUCCCGAGGUACCGAAGGAGAAGCCCAUCCCAAAAGCACAACCCAGGAAAAGGUUUCGUUUCAAUCAUUACCAGAUCGGUAUCAUGGAACGUGUUUUUGAAAUUAAAAAAUUUCCAUCAUCCGCCGAGAUCAUCGAAACUGCUAAUCUGCUCGGUGCAAGUGCCACUCAAGUCAGAAAUUGGUUUGCCAGGCGUUGCUCUAAAUGGAAGAGAGAGUUCAUGCGUUCGGCCAAACUCGUAAGGAUCGCUCCGGCCCCUGCACAAGAGUCUUCAACAUCUUCAUCCUUUCAUCCAUCAUCUUCAUCAUCAACGUUCUAAAGAUGCAGAGGAAUCAACAAACAUCCAGACUCAUCAUCCACUUUGACCAGGUUGAUGUCCAUUCCAUUUUGAUAACUUCUUCUUACUACUGCGAAACCUCAGAAACGCUUACAGAAAAGAAAGAAAUUUCAGUCAUUUAGUAAAUAGUCAGGUGCUAUCAUCAAGAAUAAUGUGUCAUGGCCUCCUCCCUUCUUAUGUUUAAAUAGUGUGUCAUUACCUAGAGAAUACCCUGUGAUAAUUAGUGUUUGUUGGAUCGCAAGUUUACCUCAGGAAGUCUCUGGGGGAAAUCGUUUAAUUUGCUAAAUAUCCAUUUUAAUUUAUGACCAGUUUGUUCGAACGUGUUAACCUAGAGAAUCCCGCCCUCGUUGGAAACAAGCGAAAGUUACCUUGUUCUACAUUGAGUAAAUAAAUAAUUCAGUACCAUCA